AUCGGUGAAUAUUGUUUGCUCUGUAGCAAGAAUGUAUCUGUAUCAAUACGACAUUGUAAGACGGUGCUGAUAAGGACUACAGGAAGAGAGAGUCUGUCGCCUUUUAGGUUGUUGCGAAAGUUCCGGCUGUCUUUUUGCAUCUACGACGUGUACUCGCUUUGCGCAACGCUGACAUGUUUGGGGAAAGAGUGGUGUGUAUGCGUGAAGAUCCUAUAGAAAUUAAAAUCCGUGAAACGAUCGCAAUUCCGCUCUCGAUAUCGGCGGAAAGAUAUCGCGUGUCGGAAAGAUGCCGAAUUGGAAAACAUAUCUUUAAGGAGGAGUAGAGAACAAAGCGCGUUACGGUUACAGGAAAUGCUGUCGGAACUGCAUACAGACUUCAUAGCGCUGAAGGUCAAUCAAUUAAUGAAGAGAAACUGAUCUGUCGGUAAAUAUGAAAGAGAGGCGGCGAUGUCAUUACGAUCACAAUGUCACGAUUAUGCAUAGAACCUGUUAUAUAACAUUGCGUUCAGAGGAGAUGCGGAAAGCAGCAACAAAGAAUAGAGAACGUGCGAAAUGUAGACUUGGCAUGAUAAAUUUUUUACGUUAAAAAUCUUUUGCUUUUUUACGAAAUACUGACUUAUUGCCAAAUAUGCAACGCCGGGAUCUCCAAGUUUCUUGCACAACAAUUCCCCAAGAGUGACUGGUGCUGUGUACACUUGGACGGAAGGAAACGAAACGUGAAUUCCGCGAACGGGUAUAGUUUCCACAUAUGUGCGGGUGUGUCUCAUCGAUUCUUGUCAACGUCCUUGUCAUCGCGCCUCCUAAGAGCGACCUAAGCUCAAACAACCGAGACCACCUUGAAAUACGAGGAGGGGCACUUCGAUGUACUCGAGGAGAGGAUAUAUAGAGGUUUGUACGCUGGUACAAGAGCAGAUCGUCCUUCCGCGUGUCUCGGGCACCGUGUUUCCCCGAAGGAUGCGAUCGGUGGUAUCGGCGCUAUGAAGUUGUAUGUCGUUGUUUCGACCCUCUGCGGUCUAAUUGCACUAUGCAGCAGUGCAGCCGAACCUCCGGAAUCAAAAAUGCUCACGAAAUUAAGACCCGUGAACGAUGGACAGCCUAUGGAUAUUGGGGAUCCAGGAGAUCUGACUGCAUCUGCGAGUGAUCGAACGUUUCAUUUAAACAAAGAUUAUGGGUCAAUUGGAUAUCCUGGAAGAUAUCCCGGAGGAUAUUCUGGAGGAUACCCUGGAGAGACAUAUGGCGGUUAUCCGGGAAUCGCCGGAUCAAUUUAUCCUGGUACGUCAUACAAUGGUCUAAGUCCGGGAUAUAGAGGAUAUGGGCCUCUUGGUGGCGGUUACCUUGGAUAUGGUUAUUAUGGUAAUGUAGGAUAUCCAGUAUCUCCUGGAUAUGGUGGCGGUUACGGUGGAUACGGGGGUUAUGGUGGCUAUGGCGGAUAUGGAAAUUAUGGAGGAUAUGGGGGCUAUGGGGAUUACGGAGUAGGAGGAGUAAGAGGUUACGGUAUUGGAAACGACGACGGUUACAUAGGAUAUAGACCACGUGGUGGUUAUGGUCGUUAUGAUGACGCAUACGGUUAUGGAGGUGGAUACGGUACAAAUUAUGCAUCUAGAAACCCAUAUUAUUCAAAUACUGUUCGUACUGGUACGAGUUAUGGUGCUUCACUUGCUAAUCCGUCCGGUUACCGCGGUUAUUCCUAAGCACACAAUGUUAUGUAUGUUUUUACAUAUUAAAUUGUUUGUUAUUAAUAUGUUUUUGUCAGUUAGACAAAAUAAUCGUAAUUUUAAGAUUUAUUAUUAUAUAAAUAAUGCCUCACAUGUAUAAUAUAACAUAAAACAAUAAUGUACCUUUGUAAUAUAACGGAUCCAACAUUCUGAAAAAUAAAUAAUUUUAUCAUUUGAUGUAA